AUGGCCUCUAACUCUGGUCGGAGCUCCUCCGCCUCGGGGCGCUCCCAAUCAACCAAGACCGUCGUAAGACCGAACCCCUUCAUUGUAACACACCUCCUCGUUGCGACCAAACAACUUCUGGAAACUCUCACACAGUGGUCUCGAAAACAAGCAUCCGAGAACGACGUGUCGGAUGUGUAUGUGCGCCUGGGAUAUGAAUUUAACCUGGCAUGCCGGGCCUUCAACGCUAUCGGAGUCGAAACCUCCGACUUGGGACCAGUCCCCGACGUCCUGCGCACAAUCCUGGAAGACACCCUCAGCCAGGACGCAUCCGCGCAAAGCCUGGACCGAUACCUCCCUCAGAUCCGCGAUAUAAUCAUAAAUUUGCUACAUGGGUUGAAGAAGAAGCAGGCUCGCUUACGCUCUCGGCAGCAGCGUGAGGAUGGACGGGCCGGUAUGCCUGGACGGCAAGCCAGUGCUGGAAGUUUGUCUAGCGAAAAAUCGAACAUUGGACAACUAUACGACGAAGCGGCCGCCUCGACUAUGCCCAAUAUCCAGCCCGGCGCACAGUCGCCAAAGCGGCCAGCUCGUCGCUAUGGCAGUAAUGGGUCUCUGGAUGAUGCCCAACCCGGCCAGCAAACAUCCCCAACCCGAGGCACAAGCCAUUCAGAUCGCGAAGCAUCGAGACGAGAGACACAGCAGCUUCUGACCCAAACAAAUAUAGCCAAUAACGCGACUCCGCGAGCAGCUCAAUCCUCCUCGGGGGCACCUCCCGAUUUCCCUGCUCCGCCCCCGCCUCCCAAACAAGAUGAUGCUCUAGGUGCUCUCCAAAGAAGCGGCGAGCUUGAACGACGAGCCUCCCGUCGUUUUUCUGCCUAUCAAAUUCAGAAGCACCUGGGAACAUCAACCAACGGUGUUCCAGUCAUUCCUACCCAAAACUCUCCUAUCCCCAAUCGAGGACGUGAUGUGCGCGAAUCUCUCAACGCUGUUCGCUUGCGAGGCUCGGUAGUUCACUCGAGACAGCGGUCUACCAAGGGCUCCCAGGACAUUUCGAAGAGUUCUCAGGCUCAGGCGACUGCGAACGUUCCGGCUGCAGUCCAAGAAGAGCAGAGCAAACCACCCGGGGAAAUUGCCCCGGAACCUGAGAAUGAGGAAACCCCCAAAGCUUCCGAGAAACAGCCCCCUUUGCAGCCAGCUCAGCCCGAGGAGCCGGUCGAGGUAGCACCACCAAGCUUCCCACAGCCACCAAAGGGGCCAUCUCUCGACGAUGCUUUUGAUCCGGAGAAAAUAGAUGCUCCUAUUCCCGUAGGCCCGACAACGCCAAAGGCAGGCCGCUUUUCUCCUACUGGCAUCGCAACCCCCCCACCUGUACCUGCAUUUGUUGGUGAACAGCCGUCUCCGGGGAAGGAGCUGACGCUCUUCUUGCAAUAUAAAACUAAGAUCAAGAAAUACGUAUUGCCUGAAGGCAUUACAGAUCUUACUAUUGGACGACUUCAGCUGGCUUUCAUUGAGAAGUUCGCUUGGAACACCCAUAGCAAUGGAGCUGACUUACCCGAGAUUUACAUCCAGGACCCUGUCUCGGGCAUUCGACAUGAGCUCGAAGACCUAGCCGACGUCAAAGAUCGAUCAGUUCUCGUGUUGAAUGUCGACAACUUGGAUGAAGUCAAGAAACACUUUGAUGAUAGCUUGUCUGGAGUGCGUUCUAUGGUGGAAGGCGUCAAGGAUGCUCUUGCUGGGCAAGGAAAGGUUAUUCAACGCGUCUCGGACCGUCAGCUGGAGGCGGCAAAGGAAAUGGCCCGCUUGGCUGCGGCUCCUCCCGCGGCUGUUGCAGCCGUGCCCAGUCCUCUUUCCGGCCAGAAGGCACCAAUUUAUGGAAGCAACAGCCAGAUCGCGGAGCUUCAGAGCCUGCGCCGUGAUCUUGCUGUGCUCCGACAAACAUACUCCAAUUUCUCGUCCGAUAUCACAGGCUCGAUGACUGCGGUGCGCUCCAAGGCCAGCCAGGUCAAGACUGCCGCAGAAACUGUGGCUGUCCCUACCUAUGAAGGCGAUGCUGGCCGUGCACGUGUCAACACCGGCAAGAAGGAGCUCGGCGAUGAGUCUGAGCGACUUGUGUCUCGUGUUGAUGAUCUCCAGGAUCUGGUCGAGGACCUUAGGAAGGAUGUCGUUCAACGUGGCGUGCGACCCCUGCCCCGCCAGCUAGAGGGGGUCAACCGCGAUAUCAGCACUGCCAUGAAAGAAAUCAAGAAGAUGCAGGACUUCCUCGCUCGGGAGAAGCCCAUUUGGACUAAGAUUUGGGAGAAAGAGUUGCAGUUGGUCUGCGAAGAGCGAGACCAACUGACUAUGCAGGAGGAUCUCGCGGCCGAUCUGCAAGACGAUUUGGAGAAGGCUGCUCAGACCUUCGCUUUGGUCGAGCAAGCCACGAAGGAGCAGGCUAUGGAGAAGGCCAAGGAUCCUGCUGGUGUCACUUUGCGGGCUACCUCGCGUACCCUUGGCAUUGACCCAACCAUGGACCCAAAGAAGGCCAAGGAUGGCGUCUUGGGCGAGGUGCGCGCACUGCGACCGAAUCACGAGAGUCGAGUUGAGGCCAUCGAGCGAGCGGAGAAGGCUCGCAAGAAGGAACUUGAGACCCGCCGGAUUGGUCUGUUCCAAAAGGAACUUGGCAAUUUUGUCCAAGAAGGCAAACUGAAGAAGAGCGGUGGUGUUGAAGAGGCCGAGCGUCUGCGCAAUGCUAAAGACGAUCGCAUCCGCAAGGAAGUCUGGGAUAGGCAGCAGGCUCGCAACGCCGAAAUGGAGAAAGCCGAAGCCGAAGCUGCCGCGGCCGCAGCAGCAGAGCCGAAGCCUGAAGGCGAGGAAGAGGCGGGAGACUCAGCGCCAGCUCCUGACUCUGACAGCACCGAUGAGCAAAAGCCCGAGGUUCCUCCUAAAGAAGAACCGGAGGAUGAGAAGAAGGACUCGAGCCCUGAUGAAACCGCUCCCGAGUCCUGA